AUGUCCCGCCCGUCCCUCCUCGCCUCCCAGACGCAGACCCUCCUCACCCUCCUCAACCUCAACACCGCCCCCGCCGCCACCACCGCCGCCGCCGGCCCCUUCCCCCGCCCGGCCUCCCCUGGCACCACCUUCAACGACUCUGCCCAGGCGCCCCUCGUCUGGAAAGUGCUCAUCCUCGAUGAGGCCAGCAAGGAUAUCCUCGCGACCAGCCUGCGGGUGCAGGAUCUGCGCGAACAGGGCGUGACGCUGCAUAUGCAAUUGCAUACACCCCGACCUCCUCUGGCUGAUGUCCCUGCAGUCUACUUUGUGUCUCCUACACUGUCAAGUAUCAGGCGUAUUGCAGAGGAUUUGAACCCCCCGCUCUACUCUUCCUACUACCUCGCAUUCACAUCAUCCCUCCCCAGGGCGCUGAUGGAAGAGCUCGCCUCUCUCAUCCUCACCAACGACCCCUCGGGAUCCACAGGCCAGCUCAUCUCCUCGGUCACCGACCAAUUCCUCGACUUUAUCGUCCCUUCCCCCAACCUCUUUUCGCUCUUGCCAAGAAGAGAGGUCAAGCCGGACGUGAAUGCAGGAAAAGGAAAGAAGCCUGUAAAGGAAGAAUAUGUGGAGGGAAAGCCGACGUAUGUGGUGUUGAACGACCCAAAGGCGACAGAGGUGACUAUCGAAGAGGAGGUUGAGCGGAUUGCCAAGGGUCUUUUCAGUGUUAUCACAACUAUGAACAUGACCCCCAUUAUCCGCUGCCCCCGAGGAAACGCCGCAGAGAUGGUCGCCCGCCGCCUCGACGCCAAGCUCCGAGACCACCUCGCAUCCACCUCUUCCCGGGGCGCUCAGGUCUACGGCGUGGGCGACCUCCAACGGCCACUCUUGGCCAUCCUGGACAGGAACAUGGACCUGAUACCAAUGCUCUCGCAUUCGUGGACAUACCAGGCUUUGGUGCAUGAUGUCUUGGAUAUGAAGUUGAACCGCGUCACUGUCGAGGCCCCCGAGAAUGGCCGCCUGCAGAAAAAGUCUUACGACAUUGACUCGAAAGACUUUUUCUGGGCCAAGAACGCCAACAACCCCUUCCCCUCCGUCGCCGAAGACAUCGACGCCGACCUCUCCAAAUACAAAUCCGACGCUGCCGAGAUCACCCGCUCCACCGGUAUCAGCGACGUCAACGACGUCGGCCAGAUUGAUUUCACCUCCAACACUGCCAAUCUCAAGACUGCCAUCACUGCGCUCCCCGAGUUGACGGCGAGAAAGACGACGUUGGAUACGCAUAUGAACAUUGCGACGGCGCUGUUGCAGGCGAUCAAGGAGAGGGGGCUGGACAACUUGUUCCAGGUGGAGGAGAAUGCUGUCAAGCAGAAUAAGGCGAGUAUUGUGAAUGUGCUCAACGGCCAGACGGACGAGCCCGGGCAGACUGCCAACCCGACGCCGGAAGAUCAGCUCCGACUCGUCAUCAUCUACUUUCUCUCCACCCAAGACGGUGCGGUCUCGAAAGACGACUUGAAGCAGCUGGAAGAGCUGUUGAAGGACCAUGGGGCGGACACGAGGGCGUUGGAGUAUGUCAAGAAGGUGCGCGAGUUUGUGAGGAUGUCGACGAUGGCUGCUCAGCCUGUUGUGGCGGCACCGCCCGUGGCUAGCGGUGGUGAAUGGACGCGAGGUUUCAGUGUAUUGGGUAACCGAAUCACUGAUAGACUACGCGAAGGUGGUAUCCCCGCUGUAGGCCUCGACAAUCUCAUCUCGGGCGUCAAAUCCUUCCUCCCCGCCAAGAAAGACCUCACCCUCACCCGCCUCGUCGAAGCCCUCAUGGACCCCGCCUCGGCCAGUACACAGGCACUCCAAGAUACGGACGACUACCUCUACUUUGACCCCCGCACAUCCCGGAACCGACCGGGCCAAGGCGGGCAGAAUAAAGGCAGGAGCCAGUAUGGCGAGGCUGUGGUGUUUGUGGUAGGCGGAGGGGGGUAUGUGGAGUAUGGGAAUUUGGUAGAGUGGGCGGCGAGGACGGGGCAGGGGCAGGGUGGGCAGCAGACGGGGCAGGGGAAGAAGGUUACGUAUGGUGCGACGGAGAUUGUUAGCCCCAAGGCCUUUGUGGAUGCUUUGGGAGAGCUUGGGGGUGUUUAG